AUGGCGGACGAUGAGGAUUCUGUAGCGGGCGUGAGUAAACCUUCUGAAACGGAAAUGGAAGAGGUGACAGCCGAUGCUCCGGCGGCCGGAGGCGCCGAGAAAGGCGAGUCGACUCCGGGAUUGGGCGAUUCGAGUCCGAGUGCUUGCGGAGAAAGAGCGGAGGCCGAAGGAGGAGAAGGUCUUCCGGAGAAUCAUGCGGCGGAGGGGGAUACGGAAUUCGCUGCGGACACUGUGGCGGAGAUGAAUGAACUGCCGGCGGUGGUGGAGGCGGCGGCGGUGGAGGAGGGUGGCGGUGGAGUGGUUGCUCUCCGAAGUGAAGAUCAGCCGCCUGAAACUAAUGAUGUGGAGGGGGGAGAUGUUGUCACUGAAACUCCAUCACCGGUGGUUGCCGCCCAGGUGGAUGGUGCCCAGGCAGCUGGGGAAGGUGUCACUGAAAUGGAUGCCACCCCAUUUGAGGAUCAGCCAGGUGGAGCGAAAGCCGAGGAAGAAUCUGAAUCAGAAAUGGAUAAGAAAGUGCUUCUUACCGAUUAUAAUCCUCAGAUUGAAGAUGCUAGAGGGGGUGAAAUGCUGGUGGUCCCGCUGGUUGAAGUGAAAGCUGACCAAGAUUUAUCCUCAGUAGUUGAACCCAAUGUGGGGGCAGCAGAUACUGAUGCGGGUGAUACCGAACAGAUAACUGAGUUCCAAAUGGAUGCAAGAAAGGAUGAUUUGCAGGUGGGUUUUGAAGGAAUGGAGGUUUCGGUUAGUAAAUCUGAGGAGCACGUGACAGAUGGAAAGGAAAAUGAAGCAACAGGAGUGACCUGUCUGAUGGCCGAUAGUUGUGAUGUAGAGAGUAAGGUAGAGGUAGUGGUGGAGGGUGAUAAAGUCCAUGAGGAGAAGGAGAAGGUCGCUGUUUUGGUGAAUGAUUCAGAAGUUGAAACUAUUGAAAAACCAGCGAGCUUUGAAGAUGAAAAAGUGGACUCUGUGACUCUUGAGGAAACAUCAGUCACUGGUUGUGAAAUGGAUGUGGAAAUAAAAACUGAGGUAAAUGCAUGUGUAGUUGUUACAGGCGAACAAGAGCAGAUUCCUGAAUCAAGCCACCAUUUGAAUAAUCACGAUGAAGAACUUGAGCAUGCUGAGGAGAAUUUGACGUCUGGGACUACGAUGGUGGAUGAGAGCAUGACUGUAGAGGUAUCGGGGGUUGACAUGACUGAGACAGAAAAUGAAGAUGCAGUAGUAAGAGAGAAUCUUCCUGAAGUGGAUGGUAAAGAAGAAACAGAGAUGGGAGAGGAGUUAGACUUGCCGAGGAAUGUUGUGGCAGAUGAUACACAGUUAGACGAUGCUGAAGUCGGAACUGAAAAGGGAACCGAUGAAUUGGCUGAUAGAACCUCAGAUGAGGAUGGCAAGAUGGAGACAGAGGAAACAAAUAGUGAUGCCGACGAGCCUGGUCCCGACCUUUAUGAUUCCCCAGCAGCUCUCGAUGAGGAGGAAGAUGAAGCAAUGGCUGCAGAAGAGGAGACUGGAACACAGGACACAGAAAUGGAGACCGAAGCCAAUAUUGCUGAAUCAGGGAAAGCUGCUGGAGGGAAGCGAAAGAGGGCGAAAUUGUCGAAAAAUUCAUUAACUCUUAAGGGAACUACAAAAGCUUCAUCAAGGAAGACUGUGGGAGAGGAUGUUUGUUUCAUAUGCUUUGACGGGGGGGAACUUGUGCUGUGUGAUCGGAGAGGUUGCCCGAAGGCAUAUCAUCCUUCAUGCGUCAACAGAGAUGAGGCAUUUUUUAAAUCCAAGGGCCGCUGGAACUGCGGUUGGCAUUUGUGUAGCAUUUGUGAGAAGAAUGCCCGCUACAUGUGCUACACAUGUACUUUUUCAUUGUGUAAAAGUUGCACGAAAGAUGCGGUUAUCUUAUGUGUCCGGGGAAAUAAAGGUUUUUGCCAGACCUGCAUGAGGACAGUUAGGCUAAUUGAGAACAAGGAACAGGGAAGCCAAGAGGCUCAAGUAGAUUUUGAUGACAGAAACAGCUGGGAGUACCUCUUCAAGGAUUAUUACAUAGAAUUAAAAUCAAAGCUGUCGCUUUCGUUAGAUGAAAUUGCAGAGGCAAGAAAUCCAUGGAAGGGGGCAGAUGUGUUGUCUGGUCCCAGCAAACAGGAAUUAUCUGACGCACGUGCUGAUGCUAAUGAUGGAGGAUCUGGUUCAGAUGAUUCAAUCGAAAACAGAGAAACUAUUAGGCCUAAAAGAAGGAAGACAAGGAAACAACGGAAGUCCCUUUCCAGAGAAGAGGAAUUAGUUAGCACUGGUGUUGACAACUCUGAAUGGGCAUCAAAAGAGCUACUUGAAUUUGUUUCGCACAUGAAAGAUGGCGAUACAUCUUUACUGUCACAGUUUGAUGUGCAAGCUCUUUUGCUCGAGUAUAUCAAGAGAAACAAACUUCGUGAUCCUCGUCGGAAAAGUCAAAUCAUGUGUGAUGCAAGGCUUGCGAAUUUAUUCGGGAAACCUAGAGUUGCACAUUUUGAGAUGUUAAAACUUCUGGAGUCUCAUUUUCUUGUAAGAGAUGAGCAUAAUGAUGAUUUUCAGGGAAGUGUUGUCGACACGGAGAAUAACCAGUUGGAUGAUGAUGGAAAUGGUGACCCUCAGGCCAAGGGCAGUAAAGAUAGGAAACGCAAAUCACGCAGGAAAGGUGAUCGGGGGCCUCAGUCUAAUCUUGAUGAUUAUGCAGCUAUUGACAUGCACAACAUUGGUUUAAUUUACCUGCGAAGAAAGUUGAUGGAAGACCUACUUGAAGACGCUGAAACGUUUCAUGAUAAAGUCAUUGGAAGUUUUGUACGAAUAAGGAUUUCUGGAAGUAACCAAAAACAAGAUUUGUAUAGAUUAGUUCAAGUUGUAGGCACAAGCAAAGCAGCAGAACCUUACAAAAUUGGCAAAAAGAGCACUGACACUAUGGUGGAAAUCUUAAAUCUAGACAAGACCGAAAUUUUCCUCUUCGUAGAUGUCUGGGGCAACAGUGAGGAAUGUAAGCGUCUUCGCCAGAGUAUCAAAUGUGGACUCAUCAGAAGACUGACUGUGGGUGAGAUUCUUGACAAGACAACCGAAAUACAAGCAGCCAGAGUCAAUGAUUGGCUGGAAUCAGAGACCUUGAGGCUGAGUCAUCUACGUGAUCGAGCGAAUUUCGACAGACAUGUUCUGAAUCUGUCCGCUAUCACGCUUAGGGAAUGCGUAGAGAAAUUACAGCUUUUGAAGACUCCCGAAGAGCGUCGACGCAGGCUCGACGAAAUUCCCGAAAUACACGCAGAUCCAAAGAUGGACCCGAGCUACGAAUCGGACGAUAAUGACAGUGAAAAUGAAGACAGUAGAAGAGAUGCUUUCAUGAGAGCUCGAGGCAUUAACAGGAGACCACGGGCCCCAAUCUCCCCUGGAAGUGAUAGCUCCUCGAAAUUAACAAUUAAAAAUUGGGAAUCGACAAAGUAUUCGUUGGGCAGUAGCUUUUCUAUCAACGCUACUCAUGUUGGCGAGAUAGUAAACGAGAACUCAUCUUGGAAUUCGGAAAGUGUUAAAAGUACGGAUGAAUUCGGUAAUUUAGAGAAACAGAAUUCCAGUUCUAACCAUGAGCAGCAUAUCGAGCGUGCCCCACGCUCCACUGCUUCAGUGAUGAUAACUCAACAAUCAUCAUCUCUUUCAGCUGGAGGAGCAGCAGUUGAAACUGCUGCUGUCAAGAUAAACGAGUCCGAAAAAAUAUGGCAUUAUCAGGACCCUUCAGGUAAAAUCCAAGGACCCUUUUCCAUGGUGCAACUGCGUAAAUGGAACAACACAGGCUAUUUCCCGGCCAAUCUGAAAAUCUGGAGAUCCACCGAGAAGCAAGAGAAGUCGAUACUUUUAGCUGAUGCUUUGGAAGGAAAAUUCCCGAAAGAUUCGCCUGCAACUAAUAAUAAUAAUAAUAAUACCCUAUAUAAUAGCUCACAUUCCUCGGCUAGCCACUCUGUGAAAUCUGAAAUCUCCUUACACAAAGAGAGGUCAUCAAAUUUGGAUCAAAAUCUCGGGUCCCGCGCCAGAACAUCAGCUGAGCAGUGGCGCGGAAAUGAUUUCACGAAUUUACCUUCUCCAACUCCAAGACAAAGCAAUUCGGGUUGGGAUGUUAAGGAGAGCCGUGCUCUCUCGGUGGGAACUAAUCAACAAAACCCGGUCAUUAAUGGAGUUCUUGCUUCUCCUACUCCCGUCUCACCGUACAUCGGGACUCGUUCUCCUUCUGUCGUUGCAUCGUCGUCGUCGAUUGCAAAUCCGGCCAUCCAAACGGCCCCUUUCAGUCCAACCCCCGAUUCCCAGCAAGGAACCACCACGCCAGCAGUUCCUCUGCAGCACGCUCAGACAGGCGAACCUCCGGUAGUUUCACAGCUCGCGAUGCAGGUGCCGCCCGCUCAUCUGCCAGCUGGCGUGCAAGCUCAGAACCCUCAGGGUGGUUACGUGUGGGGUCCUCCGGCAAACACUCCUCAGAAUUCUUCCGGAAGCUUCCAGAACUCAGGCACGCCGCCGCCGCCGCCGCCAGCUGGCCUCCAGCCGGACCCCUGGAGACCUGCCGCUGCUCAGGCGCCUAGUCAGCCAAACAUGGCUCCUCUGCCGUGGGCCGGCGUGGGUGGGCCCACAGAGAACAACGCCGCGAACAACACUAAUAUGGUCUGGCCCACAAAUAUGGUGCAGCCCAAUAAUAAUAUUAAUCCGAACAUGGGAUGGGGAAGCUGGGGCCCACCACAUGCAGUGCCGAACUGGGGUGUUGUUGCUCCUCCCACUGGAAAUGUCGGGCCCAACAGCAACCCAGGCCCAAUGCCCGGGUAUGUGAAUCCUCCUGCAUGGGGUCAAGGCCCGAUAGCGGGGAAUGGGUGGGGCCCGCCAGGCGGGAAUAAUACCGGGGGCCCACCGCCAGGCCCGGCACAACAAGGAAAUAUGAACCAGGGAGGGUCGUGGGGCGGUGGCAGUGAACAACAACAAAAUCAGAUGGGUGGUGGUGGUCAGUAUUCUUCAGGAGGAAGGGGUGGUUCGGGCCGAGAUUCGGGCUAUAGGGGUGGCGGGCCCAGGCCUUGGAACAACAACAACAGGCAGUCUUCGUUUGGAGGGGGAGGUUUCAGAAGGAAAGAUAUGGUGUGUCCGUACAAUAAGAAUGGUCGGUGUAGGAAGGGGGUGUACUGUGAUUACAUGCAUACUUGAACUGGAAUUUUGUGNUUCGUUAUACUUUUUAAGUUUUUCU